AGCAGCUGCCGCAGCAGCUGCCGCAGCAGCUGCCGCAGCAGCAACAGCCGCAGCAGCAGCCGCUGGAGCAACAGCUGCAGCAGCAGCCGCAGCAGCAGUCGCCACAGCAACAGGAGCCACAGCAGCAGGAGCCACAGCAGCAGCCGCAGGAGCAACAGCAGCAGCAGCAGUGGCAGCAGCAGGAGGCGCAGCCAGAGCAUCUGGGGCCGCAUCAAGCGCAGCAGGAAGCAGCGCAGGAGCAGCAGCAGCCGCAGCAGCAAGCAGAUUCAGUUCAGUCUGCUUCUGCUGCUGCUGCUGCCUCUACCAACUCUCGAAGUGUCUCUCCCUCCACUGACGAGGGCACAGCAGCAGGUGAGGGGAGUGCGGAGGGGGCCCCCACGCCGGGGGCCCCUCUGGCUGCAUCAAGCAGCCCGGACAGCCCCUCAGGGGCCCCCCCCGAGGCCCCUUGGGGGGCUCCCGUUGAGGCCCCUUCGGAGGCCCCCCCCGAGGCCCCUUCGGGGGCCCCCACUGAGGCGCCUGCGGGGGCCCCCACUGAGACCCCUUCGGGGGCCCCCACUGAGGCCCCUUCGGGGGCUUCCGUUGAGGCCCCUUCGGGGGCCCCCCCCGAGGCCCCUGCGGGGGCCCCCACUGAGGCCCCUUCAGAGGCCGCUUCAGAGGGGGAGGGGGGUGGGGGGCCCCCAGGGGGAACAGCAGGGGGGGCCCCAUCCGAAGGGGGCCCCUCUGGAGGUGUAGGAUGGAGCGGGUUAGGGUUUUAUUUGAAGGCAGUAGAAGAGGGCGUCGUGCCGUCUUCGUGGGGGGCCCUUUUAACAGGCGUUGCGCUGCUGCUGGGUACGGGGGCCCUUGCUGCUACGGGGGGCACAGGGGGAGGCGCUGUCUUUCUUGCUGUUCUCUUGGGGGCCCUCAAACUAAAAGUUAUGGUUUGCUGCUCAGCAUGUACGGGGACCUACAUGCACCGCAGGAGAGAAAUAAGGGAGGGCCUCUCGGCAGUAGAUGAGAUGUGGCUGAACCUGCUGGUGCCCAUGGCGCUUAGCGGCACGCUGGUGGGGGUCUUGUUAAAUUCGCUGUCUCCUCCGUCUUUGCUGCUGCUGCUGCUGCUGCUGCUGCUCGGGGCCCUUUGCUGCCGCUCCUUGCUGUCAGCAGUCCGCAUGUAUCAGCAGGAGGAGGAGACACGCAACAUGGAGGCCUUUGAUGUUGUCUCCUUUCAGACUCAAGAGGUCUUGCGGGGGGCCCCAAGGGUGGCCCCCAUAGGGACCCCCAGGGAGCCCCCUACGGGGGUUUGGGGGCCCCCCACUUGUGGGGGAGACCAGGAGCUGCAGUUAGCAGCGGGGGCCCCUCUCUCGCGCUCCAGCAGCAUCGACAACAACAACAACAGCAGCAGCAGCAGCAGCAGCACGAACGGCAAGAGUAGAGCGUUGCUGCUGCACUCCGAGGCCAUUCACCGCAUGUCCCCUUCUGAUGCACUCCUAGAGACAAAGGAGACACCUAGGGAUUUGGAGCCCCUGUCUCUAGCAGCAGCUGAAGGUGCUGCUGCUGCUGCUGCCGCUGCUGCUACAGACAGCGGCAGCAGCAGCAGACGCAGUGACGGGGAAACUGAGCAGCAGCAACAGCAGCAGCAGCAUCAGCAGCAGCAGCAGCUGUUGCCGCAGCAUGAUUACUUUGUUACAGCCAACAUCAGGGGGCCCUCUCAAGAUGAGGGUACAGUGGGGUUUUCGGGGGCCCCCCUAGUGGUUUCUUUAGAUACAGAAGACAGGCUGCUGCCUAUGACGCAUAUAUGCUCGUUUGCUUCUCAGGAGUCUGAGGGGGCCCCUGCUGCUGUUGCGGGGGGCCCCGCAUCCCCAGGGGGCCCUCGCUUUAGCCUAGGGCGCGGCUGGUGGCGACGAGCAAAGAGUCUCCUUACUGCAGAGGAGGGGGCCCCCAACGCCGAGUUCCUUGUGGGGCUGCAUGCGGGGGGCCCCCAUGAUAAUAUUAGCCCCUUUGCUGGCCCCGCAGAGGAGUACUUUGUUCAGCCCCCACAGAGUGAUGCAUGCGUAGGGGGCCCCUCCUCUCAAGCAGGCGAGGGAGACAGAUCUUUAAGAUCCCAGCUGCAGCCGCAGCAGCAGCAGCAGCAGCGGCAGGGGCAGGGUGUUUGGUGUUGGUGCGUUGCUGCUGCAGCAGCAGCGUUGCUGCGCCUCAAAGAGACCUCCAGGCGUCUCCUUUCUUCUUCUCCUGUGAGGGAGCCGCAGCAUCAUAUACUGUCUCCUUUGCUGCUCUUCGUUGUUGGGUGCAGCAUGGGGACCCACGCGCUUAUUGAUCGAGGCUGCUGGGGCUCUGCUGUUGCUGUUGCUGCAGCAGCAGCAACAGCAGGAGCCGGCGUCCAGCUGUUUGUCUCUCUUGCGGUGCUCCGUGAGUUCAAGGCUGCGCACCCACACUUUUCGUUUGCUGCUGCUGCUUCUGCUGCUGCGUCUGCUGCUGUACUCCGCCUCGCUAGCCGAGGCCGCGCUCUUGCUGCCUGCUACAGCAACGCCUGCAGCAGAGCUUGCAGAGCAGCAGCGAGGGGGACCCUGAGGGGCCUCCGGGCAGGUGCUCGCCUCCUGCAGCAGCAGCAGCAGCAGCAGCAGCAGCAGCAGGGAGGCCAUGGGGUGGCUGAUAGACGGCUUCAAGAGAGGUCAUUGCUGGAGGCGAGGGGGCCCCCUCUGGGUUCUGUAGAGAUGGAGACGUUGUCUGGGGGGGCCCCCGAGGGGGGCCCCCGCGCGUGCGGGUCUCUAUCAUCAGUUCCUUUGAGCCCUCCGUUUGGUGCUGCAGUGCAGCACGAAGGAGAGAGCACAUCAGCAGAGGAAGCAGAGCUGCUGCUGCGGGCGCUGCUGGCUGCACCUGUUGUAGGGAUUCUAACAGGGGUGCUAGCAGGCCUUCUCGUUGCUACUCUAAUGACAGUACGGCGCUACUUCACUGGGGGCCCCGUAUAA